AUAUAGGCAGAUAAAUUCGAAGGGAUAAAGAAAAAACUUCAGAGCUAUUGAGCAUGGCGGAAUUGCUGGAAAUUAGUAAACUUUCUAAUUUCAGCCCUUCCUUUCGUUACCUAAAUUCCCCCACAGCCCUCGCCCGUAUUCCAAUUUUCAUUUCGGUACCAAAUUCGAGGGCCCAAAACGCAAAAUCACGGAAAUUCAUCAAACCCAGACGCUCAGCAACAUCUUGUAAUCAAGCAGCUGUUGAAAAUGAGGUUUUGAGUGUAAAUGGUAUUAGGGUUUCAAGAAAUAGGAGGGUUUUCUUCUUGGAUGUGAAUCCACUGUGUUAUAAAGGGAGCACUCCCAAUUUGCUUUCAUUUGCUCAUUGGAUUUCCCUUUUCUUUUCCCAAGUCAGCCUCGAUGAUCCUGUCAUAGCUGUUAUAGAUGGGGAGAAAGGCAACGAGUACCGAAGAAAACUACUACCGUCGUACAAAGCGAAUAGACGAAAAAUGCUGCAUCGAUUCCCUUCUGUGGAGAAAUCUCCAGUGACUUCCGUCGAACGAUCGCAUAAACUCGUCAUAGAUGUUCUUAACAAAUGCAAUGUCCCAGUUGUGAAGAUCGAAGGGCACGAAGCGGAUGAUGUUGUUGCGACACUUGUCCAUCAAAUUCUACCGAAGGGUUAUCGAGCUGUGAUUGCUUCUCCGGACAAAGAUUUCAAGCAACUUAUAUCGGAAGAUGUUCAGAUGGUUAUACCGUUGCCCGAGUUAAAUAGAUGGUCGUUUUACACUCUAAAGCACUACAUAGCUCAGAACACUUGCGAUCCGCAGUCCGAUCUUAGCUUAAGAUGCAUAUUGGGUGAUGAAAUAGAUGGUGUACCCGGUAUACAGCAUUUUGCUCCGGGUUUCGGUCGAAAGACUGCUUUAAAGCUCUUGAAAAAACACGGGUCUUUGGAAAAUUUACUUAGUGCAGCCAGUGUGAGAUCUGUGGGCAAACAGUACGCACAAGAAGCCCUAACAAAAUAUGCCGAUUUUUUACGUAAGAAUUACGAAGUUCUUUCCUUAAAAAGGGAUGUUGAUAUCCAGAUUGAGGAGCAGUGGCUAUCUAAGAGAGACGAACGAAACGAUUCAGUAAUUUUAUCCAGCUUUGUCGACUUUCUGAGUAAACCUCGGGAUCUUAAAUGGCAGAAUAAAUCCCAUUUAAAUGGCUUGAAAACAGUGACAUAGUAGAGACGUAGCAUACCAUGUAGCAACACUACCUACCGAAGAAAUGUUUGAAAAAACGAAGAAUGAUGAUGACGUGGCGAAGAAACCAGUACUAUGAAGUUUCUCGAUAGGGCAUCAAUCAGCAGAGCAGAGGAUGUGCACAUUAAGAAGAAGUCGCUUAGUCGAACUUUGAAAACGAACGUGUAUUUUCUUGCAUGGAUUUGUACCGUAUAUGCACUACUACCCUUCGUCGGGGCAGUUAGGCGUGAUUCUGAGUAUUAUAACAUACACUACCAGUUAUCUAACUGAAUCUUGAUUUCUCAGACAUCAAUUGCUAU